AGAACAUUGAGCACCACAGUUCAGAUGAUUUCCACACAGAUUCUGACAAAGCACAGCUUGCCGAAGUUGGAGAAGCAGAGCGGUCUUCAGAAGCUCCUCAACCAGAGCCAGACGUCAUGCCUUCUUUUGAUGAGUGGAAGAGAAUGAUGUUAGCAGAACAAGAGAGAGGAGGCAUGGAAUCUUCACAAGACAUGGUUCCAGGUAAAAAACUUGCUGACCACAAGAGAAAACAAAAUUAUGCAUCAUAUGAAUGCGGAGCAAAAGUUGUAGGGGCCAAUCCUGAAGCGGAAGGAAAGGGCCGAAUCUUGAAUGACAUGACUGAUGAAUACAUGUUAAACCCAUGCAAUGUGAAGAUCUGGUUUGUGAUGGAGCUGUGUGAAUCCAUUCAAGUCAACCAGAUUGAACUAGCCAAUUUUGAGUUGUUCUCAUCGAUGCCAAAAGAAUUCUCUGUGUAUUGGAGUGACAGAUAUCCCACUAGAGAAUGGACUUUGGUUGGAAACUAUGAAGCUGAAAAUAGGCGAGUUCUACAAAGUUUUCCUCUCCAGCAGACUGGAUAUGGAAAGUUUAUUAAGAUAGAACUCCACAGUCAGUAUGGGACAGAACACUAGUGUCCACUCAGCACUAUCAGAGUAUUUGGAAAAUCUAUGGUAGAAGAGUAUGAAGAAAUGGAGAUAGCAGGUGAACAUAGUCUUCCAGCAUCACCCGAUGACGAUGAUGAUCGUCUAGAUAUUCCAGGUUCAGAAGAAUCUCCAGCCAGUAUUAAUCUUUUUGGUAGUGCACGGGAUGCAGUAAUUAACAUUGUUAGGAAAGCUGCUCUUGCUUUGUCUGGAAAAGAAGAACAUGAAGAUGAAAAGAUGGCCACUGAAUCCCCUACAGAAGCUUUUAGACCUGACAUUGAAGAUAAGCCAGUGGUGGACUUCUCAAAUCACAGCACUAAAAAUGUUAACCUGAGUGCAGAGUAUGAGAAAGAAACUAAUGGUUUAAUUCCACACCUGUUCAUUUGUGGUCUGUGUGACAUCCACUUGAAAUUCACUUCAGAUGUAUCCAGUCAAACCUGUCGGUUUCUUCAAAUUAUGUUAGGUUCUAAGGCACUGGAUCAGUUGUGUAGGCUAUACAGUGUCCAUUUAGGGCAGUUCCUUGAAGCUAAAGAUAAAUGUGAGGACGAAUUCACUAGCAUGAUGGAAGGAGCCUCUGCUACAACCACAUCUACUACUGUCAUGUUGUUCCCUUCUGAACUGGCCUCAACAUCAGAUUCUUUUGGUGUGGCAGAAAGUAUCCUUCAGGAACUUCCAACACACCAUGCAAGUAAAGUUCCACAACCUGUGGAAUCUCCUAUUGUAAGUCAUAUCUUAAAAUAUGAAGAUGUUACCAAUAUUCAGGAAAACAUCCAGCCAACCAAGACUAUUCCAGAAAGUGAGAGAUUAACUGAGAAAACAGAUAGUGAAGAAAGUUGUGGAGAAGUGAACGUGCCUGAUAGAGAUUCAGAAGGUAAUAGAACAUCUUACAAUGACGAAAUGGAGAAGAGUACAGUAGGUUUUAACACUGUGAAUCUUACUGAAGAAAUUCUCUCUCCAACCAGUGAUAGAAAGAUGGAAGAGAAGGAAACACCUUCAUUAGAGCAAGCCUCAGCUAAUGAUACCCAUUCUGCUAGAAACGAAGAUGCUCUUUCAGACCAGGACAAGGAUCUUAACAAAGAAGGAGUUGUUGUUGGAGAAAAAAAAAUUCCUGACACACACCUCCAUGAAAGUAGACUGAAUGGUAAUGGUCAUAAAUAUGAUCCUGUCAUGUUAGUAGGUGUUCCAACACAAGCUGGACAGAAGGAAUCAGUCUUCAUGAGACUAAGUAACCGUAUUAAAGCUUUGGAAUUAAACAUGUCUUUAAGUAGUCGUUACCUGGAAGAACUCAGUCAACGUUAUCGACGUCACAUGGAGGAGAUGCAGAAAGCAUUUGAUCGAACUGUUGGAGCAUUAAAUGAUACAGCACGAGAUGCAGCUAAUUACAAUGGAUAAAGUCACCAGUUCUGAUAGAAUAAC